AUGUAUAGAUACUAUUUUUUAAACAGAGCUGUACGAGUCACAACCAAGUUAUUUUUGGCACCGAGGCGGCCUGCUUGGAAGGAAGCUCGUUCUACUAUUCAAAAGCUAUUGUCAUUUACAGAACCAACCUUGCGUGAUAAUGCAGACUUGAGGCAGAAGUCACUUGUGCCGAUGAGAAAGGUAGAAAUGGUUCUUCCUAUGGAAAUUGGAGACUACACAGACUUCUUUUCAUCCAUGCAUCAUGCAAAGAACUGUGGGACCAAAUUUCGCAGACCUCGCAAUCCAAUUCCGCCAAACUGGCAUCAUGCACUUUCCAGGUUCCAUCUUCCUAUUGCAUAUCAUGGACGAGCAUCAUCUAUUGUCAUCUCUGGAACAAACAUUAUUAGACCAAGUGAUAGUCGCAGAACUGUCCACUCAGCUUUAGAUGGUAACUGGCUUAAUUCUGUAUUCUUCGAGGGUCAAGGCUAUCCAACUGGUGACUCUCCACCAUAUUUUGGACCUUCAUUGAAGCUAGAUUUUGAACUUGAAAUGGCUUCUGUAGUUGGCCCAGGAAAUGAAUUAGGGAAAACCGUAGAUGUUAAUAAGGCAGCAGAUCAUAUCUUUGGACUUGUCUUGAUGAACGACUGGAGUGCCCGAGAUAUUCAGGCAUGGGAAUAUGUCCCUCUUGGACAGUUCCUUGGGAAGAGUUUUGGUACUACAAUAUCCCCUUGGAUUGUGACACUAGACGCGCUAGAGCCUUUUGCGUGUGAUGCUCCUGAGCGGGAUCCCCAUCCAUUGCCAUAUCUGGCUGAGAAGAAAUCCAAAAACUAUGAUAUUGCAUUGGAGGUUCAAAUUAAACCUUCCGGACAAAAGGAUUCAAGCGUGGUUACAAAAUGUAAUUUCAAGCAUCUAUAUUGGACAUUGAUUCAACAGGUAGCACACCAUACAAUCAAUGGUUGCAACCUGAGGCCAGGCGAUCUCCUUGGAACUGGGGCCAUUAGUGGGCCUGAGCCUGAAUCUCUUGGAUGUUUGCUGGAACUAACAUGGAAUGGACAGAAACCACUGUCAUUAAAUGGGACAAGGCUAAAAUUCUUAGAAGAUGGGGAUGAAGUAAUCUUCACAGGUUGCUGCAAGGAAGAUGGUUAUAAUGUUGGUUUUGGAACCUGCGCUGGUAAGGUUGUUCCGCCACUCGACUGAGGAAGCUAUUGUUCUUGGAGAUAAAAAGAGUGUACAUGCCACGUCACUUGUGUUACCAUCGUUGUUUUAAACAUAAUCUCACUGGAAAUUCUCUGAGCUGAAACGGUCAAUUUGUUGUAUAUUUAUUGAUUACAACGUUAAUAUUUUUUUGGCCAGUGAUUACAAU